UUACCACUAAAAUUAAAUAACCUACAGCCUAAAUUAAACGUAAUUUUAAUCAAAAUCAACUGUUUAUAAGAACUUUAAUAAAUGAAAUAAGUAUAAAUUCGCUUUAUAAGGUGUUUUUAACAUUUGACGUAGUGAAAAAAACAAAAAUGGAUGAAUUUCUUGCGACGACUUCUAAUAAAUUGAAAACAAACAAUUAUGUAGAUUUAACAAUAGUAUUGGGCAACGAAAGUUGUGAUCUUGAUUCCGCUGUGAGCGCUUUAGUUUAUGCAAUGUUUUUAAACUGGCAAUACGAAAGGAUAAAAUGCAAAGUGUGUACAAAAGAAAAACGUGUAGAUCACAAAGAUAGUAUAUUUGUACCAAUUCUUGAUGUCAAUAGGGAAGAUUAUAGUUUGAAAACCGAAGUGGCUUAUUGUUUGAAAGAAAAUAAUGUUAAUGAGGAACAUUUAGUUUUCAGAGAUGAUAUCGACUUAAAAAAUCUCUUAACAAAUAUAACUAAAAUAAUAUUAGUUGACCAUCAUAUUUUAGCUAAAAGAUAUGACUUUUUACUACCAUAUGUGACGGAAAUAAUCGAUCAUAGACCAAGAGACAAGGAAUGGAGUUACAAAGACGACACUCGGAGUACUAUAGAGAGUGUGGGAUCUUGUACUACAUUGAUUUGUCAGAGAAUAAAAGAUUUGAGUGGCUUAAUGUGUAAGGAUAUAGAAUUCUUUACGACAUACCAAGUUUGUUGUAGUUUACUAUAUUCUACAAUAUUAUUGGACACAGUGAAUUUCUCUAAAGAGGUAAAUAAGGGAACUCCACAUGAUAGAGAAAUGGUAUUAUUUUUAGAGACAAUAUUAAAACCUGAUGACAGAGAAAUUUUCAGAAAAACCAUAGUCGAUAAAUUAGUUAACGCAAGAAGUGACGUCACCAAAUUGACAGCAACACAAUUAUUGAAGAAAGAUGUUAAAAUCGUUGGCGAUAUAUUAGUUCCCAGCUUUCCUAUACCAGUUAAGGAGUUUUUAAAUAAACCGGGAGCUCUGCUGGCCGUCAGCGAAGCCCUAAACAAACAGGGCUGCGCCAUCGCAUUGUUAUUGGGCAUGAGAUUGACUCCAAGUUUAGUAAGAGACGCGGCUGUGUAUUCUACUAGUUUUACAGAAAAAGCUGGAAAGUUGGCGAAAUAUUUAGAAGAAAGCAAGAAUCCAAUAUUUGGUUUAACUUCUGAAGUAUCUGAAAAUUCUACCAAUUGUUUAUAUUAUAAUCAGAGUAAUUUGCUUUUAACAAGAAAACAAUACAUACCAGUUGUAACGAAUUUCUUACAGAAUUAUAAAGAUUGAAUUUCAA